AUGCAUAUCGACCGUACAUUCUUGGAUCUGUUUUGGGGAUUAUCAUCUCGAUAUGAAAAUCAGCGAAAGAAAGCAUCCAAAAAUCUCAUAGAUUUUUUAAGUAGUAAAUCCGAUGAGGUGAAAUCCACAUACUUCACUUAUACGAGGCAGCGGCUUGUCAAAGGUCUUAAAUCGUUCGAGCAGUCUUCGAGGUCAAGCUAUGAGCAUUGUCUUCUACAUUUCCUCAAAGAUUUUCCAACAGAAACUUCAACCAAAGAGCUUACUGAAUCCAUGAGUGUUCAUAUUUUUGGUUCAGAGCCAUCCACUCAAAAUGAACGUUCAUCUGUAAAACUAGCGUACUUAGCAUGCGCGAGAGUGCUAUGUGUAACUGGGAGAAUAAAGGAGAUUGAUGACGAGUUCGCCAAAGUAAUGCUCCAACCUAUCAUCCUGUUGACGAAAUCCGUUCAUCAUAGAGCUGCCGCAUAUUCGGCAAUAUCGGAAAUGAGUCUUCAAGCACCCAGACAUUUUAUUACUAACUUGAGUGAUUUUCUAAAGGAAACGUGGUGUGAUCUAAUGUCUUCAAACUCGGAUAUCACUGGUGAACUCUUGCUAGUCAUUUCAUCCUUCCAACAUCGUUUCCAGAAAUAUCUCCAAAAACUAGAUAUUCCAGCCUUCAGUCUAUCUGAAAAACAAUAUCGUAGAAAGCUUUUAUAUGGAAUUCUUCAUUCUCACGAUGACAUUGUAAUGCGGUUAAUCGAUGAAGUAUUAAAGAACAACGUCCUGCCUACUGUUUGGGAUUCGAUUAAAGCAGCCUUACGUUCUAAGACCAAUAGAGUAAAAAAUACUCUUCGAUUUCUGCAAAUUGUCGUUCACAUUAUUUGUAACGGUGAUGGAAAAUGUGAUUGCGUUUUAUCUAGUGAAGUCUUCGAGUGUUUCAGCAAGCAGUUAUCAGAUAACAAAUACAGUUACUUUGCUCAAGUUUCCCACUUAUUAAAAGUGAUGAUGAACAAGAUUAUUAGUCCUACGAAUGUCGACGAGAAUCUUCGGGAAUCUGCAGUUACCAUAUCCCCAGAUGGGCUAUUAAAAUUGAUUGCUGUAAAUUAUCCACUCUUUGACCUUUUUUGCGACGCUACCUCCCCUAAACCAUGUCAGAUUAUUUUUGAUUCUGCACCAUCGUCACUAUCGUUAGAUACUCUUCAAUUAUACGUUAAACAAUUAACAAGUGCUUUCAUUAAUUCUGAAGUUCAAUAUCCCCACAAGAACGUGAGCAACAAAUGUGGUUUAAAAAAUCCAAGUCAAAUGCAGUCAAUUGACAUAAAUCAAGAUACUAUUAGAUGCUUUGUAACUAAACACUUGCAGUUGGUUGUAAACACAAUUCUUAAAUUCAGAUACAUGGAAGGAACUGAAUUGAUCAAUCAGAUUCUGGAGUUUUUACUAACUAUUGGUUUAACUUAUUCAUUGAAGGUUGAUAACACCACUUUAAAGACAUCCAUCUCAGCUAAUGUUGCCAAAUCUUGCUGGGGAGCUUUAUUUGGGAUGUUAGAUUGUAUGUUGUUGCAAGCAGCUAGCAGCAACAAACGCCCUGGUCAGGAAACGGUCACGAACAUCACAAUUGUGGACAUAAUUAAACAUUGUGUAUGUCUUCUUAAAAAUGGAGUUUCACAAUAUACUAGGGCUAUGCCCGUACAUUCCUCUGACACACAGAUUGCUCUUUGUCUGAAUUCUUCGAAACAAUGUCUUAAACUACUCCAGAAAGCAGAUUUUGAGGAUCAGUUAGAUCAGUACUUGUUAUUAAUGUGUGGAGUUUUUUCUGUCUUUUCUCUAUCCAUGCCAAUUGAUGACAUGUCUGGACUAUUGAAUGAUUUGAUUGAAUGCAGAAAAAGGCGUUUAGCCAGUACCAUAUUAGAAGGUCCUCAUUGGUCGGAAGUGCUUACUGAUGUGAUUCUAAGUGCUCUUUCUUUUCCCGUCCACAUGUUACGCUCUGUCACCCGUUUGACAUUUAAGAAAAUGGUUUUGGAAAAGGCAUUUUCGAGUACAGUUAAAUCAAGUGAAGAAUAUCCUUCCUGCUUAAAACUAAUUGGUGAUAUACUUAAAACGCGGUCGACAAAAAACACUGGUAACGCAAAGCAUGAUAAAGAAGAAGUUGACGACUCAGAGACAGAAGAUUUAGUUACUUUUUCUAUGUUCAACUCAACAAAAUUAGUACACUCAAAGGAGUUAUCUGUGCCGAAUGAUGAUUUCGAGGACAGAACCAUUUCAGUUAGUGAUAAAGAGAAUAUUACUGAUGAAGAAGGACACUUAGACGACAGUUCAGAUGAAUCAGACUCUGAUACAAUUGAAGAGGAUAUUGAUAUUAGUGAAGAUGAACUUAACCAAAUUAAAAACAGUGUCCGCGAUGCACUUGGUCCAGCUGCAUUGGAUAGUGAGAAUGAUGAUAACAAUUGCCGGGAUUUCACAGACGCUGAAAUGUUUCAACGUGAUGAAGCGUUGGCAGCUGCAUUCCGCAUUCAUAUGCGUAAACCUCAACGAAUAAUUGCUGAUCAAGCUCGUUCUGUUGGUGAAUUAAAAAUGAAAUGUUUCGAUUUGAUUGAAUGUAUUUUACAGUAUAGUUCUGAACCUCAACUCGUCCUGUCUGCUCUUGAUCUUGUGCUUGAUAUUGGCAAAGAAUCCAUUGAAUAUGAAACGGCAAAGUCACGAAAUGAAUUAAGCUCAAAUGAUAAAAAGGUCAACCAGCAUAAAAAAGUAAAGACCAGUUUUAUUGCUAAAUAUGGCGACAUCCCUCCAUUGUCAAGUAUUUUACAUGUUGUAAAAAAAUGGCGUUUCAGAUCACAAAAAACUCAAUCUGAGUUCAUAGAAUCUCUCAAGGAUCUUGGUAAACAUGCAUACUUGAAAAAAGUUAUGCACUCUGUUAUAGAUGGGGCUAAAACAACGAAUGCACCACUGUUUACAGAAUUGUUAUCCAAUAUUGUGGAAUUUAUUUAUCGAAGUAUGAAACCGUUGAAAGCCGAAUUUCCCGAUUUGGAAUUACCAUUAUCUGAUUAUUUAUUCGAACAACUUCGUGAAAUCUUAAAUAAUACUAACCAUCAAUCUACAUUAUUCCUGAACCUUCUAGUUCAUUGUCAAACAUUUGCGCACAAAGCCUCAAAAUUACUUGUUGAAACUACUGUUAAAGCUUGCGAAGGAAUAAUCAACAGUCUAGAUGAUAUUCGCGAAGUUAAAAUUGAUGAUUUUGAAAAUUGUAAUCUCGUUAAAUUGUUCGAAAUAGUUACGCAUAUGUUAAAAUCAACUACUGAUCAGUCGAAGGCCAAGAAAAUGUCAAUAAAACUCAGUAUCAAGUUAGCUGAAGUGUUACAAGUAACAGAAAAAGCUGGUCAAUUUUCAUUGAAAAGUAAUGCCUGGUACAAUCGUCUCAAAUUAUCGUUAGCCUUGUUUGAACUACUUGUAUGUAUUGUAAAACUUGAUGAGAAUGCUUUGCCUAUGUUUCUUCAAGAUCAUAUUGUUAAACUUCUAGAAAAAUUCCCAUCAGCGCAAAAGCCUGUCAGGUCUGCAGCCCGACGCUUUUUAAGCUUAUUAAAAGAGGGUAAUCGUAAAUUGGGCGUGUUUAGUGAAACUGAAAGUCGAGAAGAAAAAUUACGUCUUAAAAUGGAACGGAAAAAAGAACGUCAACGGAAGCGUAAAGAAAAAGCAUUAAAGAAACAGAAAAUAGAGAAAAAUGCAACUAAAUCCAAAACAAUUGAUAAAGUUAAAGCAAAAACGAAAUCUCUUAAGAAUGAUUCUAACAAGCCUAAGCCAACUAUUAAAACAGUGCCUUCACCAAAAAAUAGCCAAAAAGUGCGUGUUCUCAAACGAAAACGUCAGGCAGUUAACAAAAAUGACAAUAAAAAGCGAAAAGUUGCUGAUAACUGA